GCGGAAGUAAGUCGUAUCGGUGAGGCCUCAUCCUUCCAAUGGCGACUGCAAACAGGCUGAAUAGAAAGCGGGAGCAUCCGUGGAGGGGGUUAGAGCUGUGUAGCCGAAAUUAAAUAAAUAUAUCCUAUUCUCUAUAUUCAUAAAGUUAGCCUAAAUUUUUUUCACCUCUCCAAAUCACGGCCGAUUCCAUGGCCAAAAAUCGGAACAUUUCGCUCCUUGAGUCGGAGCUCUACUACUUGAUUUCUCGUUUUCUAACAACGGGUCCGUGUCGACGAGCGGCUGAGGUUCUGGUGAGCGAGCUAGAAGAAUAUGAGCUCUUACCCGGGCGAUUGGACUGGCUGGGAACCGAGCACCCGAGGACAUAUGAAGACGUGGUUGCAGCUAACAGACAUAUUGCACCAGAUCAUUUGCUACAGAUUUGUAAGCAGAUCGGACCACUUCUCGACAAAGAGGUGCCAUCAUGUGUCCCAGGAGUACACACGCUCCUGGGAUCUGGAAAGCAAUCAGUGCUAAGGACCUCAAAAGACUUUGACAAUGUGAGAUGUAAAGCUUCAUCAUAUGCAGCCCUUCACCGGGGCAGACCACCAGAGAGGCCUUUGAACUUUAAGAAACCUCCACAUCUUGUGAAGGUACAUCGAGGGAGGGAGCUGACAGGAGUGCAGCACUUCAGCUCUGUCAACCCUGUCAGCAACUAUGAGCACAUGCGGCUGCAUAAGCGGAUCCUUGGUCAUCUGUCUGCAGUGUACUGCAUUGCAUUUGAUCGCACUGGUCUCAGGAUCUUUACAGGCUCUGAUGACUGUUUAGUGAAGAUUUGGUCUUCAUUUGAUGGAAGGCUUCAUUCGACAUUGCGAGGACACUCUGCAGAGAUCACAGACUUGGCGGUUAAUUAUGAGAACACAUUAAUUGCUGCAGGAAGUUGUGACAAGACCAUUCGUGUAUGGUGCCUUCGUACCUGUGCCCCCGUGGCUGUGUUGCAGGGGCACAGUGGAUCCAUUACCUCCCUUCAGUUUUCGCCAUUUGCCAAGGGCUCAAAGCGUUACAUGCUGUCCACUGGAACUGAUGCUACGGUCUGCUUUUGGCAGUGGGACGUCAACAACAUCAACUUCACUGAUCGACCACACAAAUUUACAGAGCGGCCGAGGCCAGGGGUUCAGACUGUGUGCUCCUCUUUCAGUCCAGGUGGAAUGUUCUUGGCAACCGGAAGUACUGAUGACGUUAUCAGAAUAUAUUACUUAGGGAAUGGAAGCCCAGAAAAGACAUCAGAGCUGCAUGAGCACACGGACAAAGUUGAUAGCAUCCAGUUUUGCCACUCAAGUGAAAGGUUUGUGAGUGGAAGUUGUGAUGGGACAGCACGUAUCUGGAAGCUCCAUCAGCGGCAGCAGUGGAGGUGCAUCUUGCUCAACAUGUGUGCCACUCUUCCAGGUGCUGAAUCAACAAACGAAGAGCAAAGCUACUUCAAACCCAAAGUCACCAUGGUAGCAUGGGAUCGCCAUGACAAUACAGUCAUCACGGCUGUUAACAACCAUCUCCUCAAAGUGUGGAACUCCUACACAGGACAGCUGCUACAUAUCCUUAAAGGCCAUGAGGAUGAGGUGUUUGUUCUGGAACCACAUCCGUUUGACCCCAGAAUCAUCCUGUCUGCUGGCCAUGAUGGGAACGUCUUCAUAUGGGACCUUCUGCGAGGAACAAGCACACAACACUACUUUAACAUGAUCGAGGGCCAGGGUCAUGGAGCUGUUUUUGACUGCAAAUUUGCACCUGAUGGCCAACGCUUUGCUUGCACAGACUCCCAUGGCCAUGUACUAAUUUUUGGCUUCGGAAGUUCCAAGCCUUAUGAGAAGCUUCCAGACCAGGUGUUCUUCCACACAGACUACAGACCUUUGAUCAGGGAUGCCAACGGUUUUGUGCUGGAUGAACAGACACAACAGGCUCCUCAUCUCAUGCCCCCGCCCUUCUUGGUGGACGUAGAUGGAAACCCUCACCCUCCAAGGUUUCAGCGUCUUGUGCCAGGGCGUGAGAACAUUGCUGCUGAGCAUCUGGUUCCCCAACUAGGAUAUGUAGCUACUAGUGAUGGUGAGGUGGUUGAGCAGGUGAUCAGCCAGCAGACUGCAGAGCCUGAGGAGGUUGCAAUAAGACGCAGCAGUCUUUUGGACGAGGCCAUCCGACAGCUUCAGGCAGAACAAGACCGCCAAAACCAAUCUGGGACCGUGGCAGUGCCAGGGACUAGAGCAGGACCAGAGGGACAAGUUGAGGUGCCGGGCCCAGUCUUGGCACCGGCACCGAGCACACCACGUAGAGUGUCCGUAAACGAUAGAGCAGAUGUGCAGUCCCCGCCUAAUGUGGGUCUGCGUCGUAGUGGACAAGUGGAAGGCGUCCGGCAGAUGCACCAGAAUGCUCCUCGCAGCCAGAUGGCCACUGAGCGAGACCUGCAGGCUUGGAGACGCAGGGUAGUGGUGCCUGAACUGGUAUCCAGCAGCUACAGGUAUCAGGAGCACAAUCGAGUUGCAAGAGGUGACGAGGAGGUGACUCUGUACAAUACAAAAAAGAGACGAAUUAUCUACAGCAGCUGUCGGGACGAUUCUGAUGACGAGCCUCCCACCACGAAGCGAGCACACAGCCGCAGUGACACACUGGAAUUCAUCGACUUGUCAUGUGAAGAAGGAGAAGAAACUGCAAGUUCAGAGGACAAUGAAAUUGAUGGCAGUGACCUGGAUUCCUCCAAUGAUGAUGAGGAAUGGAAUAGUGACAGUUCCAGCCACACAUCCGGAGAGUACUCGGACUGGACAGCGGACGCUGGUAUCAACUUGCAGCCAUCCACUCCCCUGUCGUCACGGAAACGGGUGCGGCGCAGGCUCAGCACCUCAGAAGAGGAGGACGAGGAGAAUGAGGAAGAAGAGGAGAAGCAGCAGAGUGAUGAAGAGGAGAAACCUGGAAAGAAAAGCAAAGAGAAGACCAAGAAAGCAAAGAACAAGUCACCCAGGCGUCCUAAGGUCAGACCAUCUAUCAACAGAGAAGUGUCCAAUGAGUUCAGACCCUCAAUAUGGAUCACAGAUGUCUUUCCAAGGAAGACCCCUUUUGUACCCCAAAUGGGUGACGAGGUGAUCUACUUUCGACAAGGACAUGAAGCCUACGUUGAAGCAGUGAGUCGGAGCGAGCUGUACCCUAUAAAUUUGGAGAAACAGCCCUGGAAGAAAAUGGAGCUGCGGGACCAAGAGUUUGUGAAGAUCACUGGGAUUAAAUAUGAAGUCUGUCCUCCAACGCUCUGCUGUCUGAAGCUGACACUCAUCGACCAUGGCACUGGAAAAAUCACAGACAAAUCAUUUUCUAUAAAGUAUCAUGACAUGCCAGAUGUGAUAGAUUUUCUAGUGUUGCGGCAGAGUUACGAUGAGGCGCUACGUAGAAACUGGCAACCAAACGACAGGUUCCGCUCAGUGAUAGACGAUGCCUGGUGGUUUGGGACCAUUGUCUGUCAGGAGCCCUACCAGCCAGAAUACCCAGACAGUCUAUUCCAGUGUUUUAAAGUCAGAUGGGACAAUGGUGAAACUGAAAAACUAAGUCCUUGGGAUGUGGAACCUAUUCCAGAUAAUGCAAUCUGCUGUGCAGCCCAGCAGCCAGAGACCGAAGGUGGUGGCAUCCCUGUCACACCGGAGGAGAUGAGUGAGUUAAUGUACAAGCCUCAAACAGGAGAGUGGGGAGAGAAAAGCAGGGAUGAGGAGUGUGAACGCAUCGUCACAGCCAUCACCCAGCUCAUCACUGUUGAAAUUGCAGCCCCCUUCUCUGGUCCUGUGGACCUGAUCCAGUAUCCCACCUACUGCACUGUAAUUGCCUACCCGACUGAUUUGGGCACCAUCAAACUACGACUUGUGCACAGAUUUUAUAGACGUCUUUCAGCAUUAAUCUGGGAUGCCAGGUAUAUUGCACAUAACGCUCGCACUUUCAAUGAACCAAGGAGCAAGAUUGCCCACUCUGCUAAAAUCAUCACAAAUGUCCUCCAGAAAUUUGUCAAUAAUCCAAGCUGCACGAAUAUCAUGGAGAUUUACAACGCUGUUGAAGAGAUGGAUGAUGAUGAGGAGGAUGAGGACACUGAAGCACCAGGAACCUCCUCUGGACACCGACUACGCCAGCAUUCUGUGGAGGUGCUGCCAGACAGAGACUCCUGGAAGGAGCAGUGUAAGAAUCUGCUUAACUACAUCUUCGAGUGUGAGGACUCUGAGCCGUUCAGACAGCCUGUGGAUCCUCAGAACUAUCCAGACUACCAUGACAUCAUUGAUACACCAAUGGACUUUAGCACAGUGAAAAGGACCCUGGAGGGUGAUCGUUAUGAAAACCCUAUAGAACUUUGUAAAGACACCCGGUUAAUAUUUGCCAAUGCCAAAGCCUAUACGCCCAAUAAACGCUCCAAGAUUUACAGCAUGACCUUGCGGCUUUCUGCCUUCUUUGAAGAGCAGAUCAGAACAAUCAUAUCAGAGUAUAAAACUGCUGUCAAGAGCAGUGAUAGACUCCGUCGCAGUCAGAGGUUCCGUAAGAAAAUGCAGCAGGAUCAGCCCACUACCACAACAAGUCAUAAGAGGGCUGCACUGAAAACUCAGGAAAAUGUGGAGUCUGUGUCAGUGACCAAAUCUACCUCAGCCAAAGUGUCUGUUCCUGAGAGAGUCAGGAGGAAUCGAAGCAGCAGCUCAGGUCAUAGCUCCUCAGACAACGACUCCGGCUCUAAAGCUGCCUCAUCAACACCAGAGUCUGACAGUGAGAGUGAGAUAAGCGAGUCAGAGGAAGAACAUCGUCCUGGAUCCUCGAGACACAAUCAGCAUAGACAAAAAGCAAGAGUUGUGUUCUCAAGUAGCAAUUGUGCCAAGCCGAGGAAAAAAGCUGCAGAGAGUGAUAGUGAAGAGGAUGAAGAGGAGGAAGAAUUUGACAGUGAAGUUGACGAAGGAGAGGAUGGAGAGGGGUCCUCCCAGUCUUCAAGUCGUCGUUAUCCCAGCAGGAAUAAAAACAGGCGUACGCGACUGACCAGAAACAGUGCUGCUGCAGACAAGAAACGAGCAGAGGACAAAACGGACAUGAAUGGUUGCAGCAGCAGAUCAUCUCGCAGAGAACGGCGUCACCAGGACUCUGAUAGAGCCAUGUCCCAUGGCUCAGACAAGGAGGACGAGGUUCGCAGGCCGCUUAAGAGAAAGACGGCUCGGGCAGCUGUGAAUAAGAUGAAGCUUCUUGAUGCUUCAGAUGAAGACUAUGAAGCGGAAGAUGGUCAGAAGCAGAGAAGGAGCAGUAGCCGCCUUCGCCACACAGCACGCUCCAGCAAACGCACUGCUGUGAUCCAGAGCAGCUCUGAGUCGGAUGCUGAGCCUUCAGCACAGGCUACAAUAGAAUCAGAUGGUGAAUCCAAGGACGAAGAGGAGGUCUAUGGCAGUGAUUCUUCAUCCUCUUCCCAGAAUCAGCAGAAUGGACACGUGAAAUCCAGCAAAAUGCGUGCGUCAAGACAAGUUUCCAAGAAUAAGGGAAAUGAAACAUUGACCCACGUAAACGGACACAGUUCAAAACACCACAAAUCUGACAGCAACUCGGAGGAGGAGGAAGAACAGUCAUCUCUUUCUGAGAAACGGUCAAAAAGCACAGCAACUGCUCCAGCCAGAAAAAAGAGGAUUACAAGUGAGGAGGAGGAGGAAGCUGUAGAGAGUGAACGCAGGACCACACGAAACAAACCUCCUGUCACCUCUGAUGAAGAGGACAGAGACCACAAUUCCCAUAAACAGCCACACCAAAAUGGUAAGAACACAGAGGAAGGAAACAAGGACUCUAAGAAGAAGAUUAAAAUUUCACCAUCCAAAAGCCAAGAUAAACAAAAAUCUGCCUCAGCAAAUAAACUGGAUUGUGCAGAGUCAGAUGAACUCAGUGAUUCUCCAAAGAGAACCAGCCUACGCCAGAAAAGACUAAAAAAAGAUGUAGUGGAUGAAGAAGAAAGCAAUCAGUCUAGUGAGGAGUUGGAGGCUGGAACAAAGACGAGAAGGUCAACGAGAACCAAGAGCAAUUCCAAACGACCUCACAGUGACGCCACCGCUUCGGAGAGUUCUGAGCAGGAAUACGUACCCAAGAGGAAGUCGAGGAGGAAACGCUCCACUGGCUCAUCAGAUGAAGAGUCAGAGAAUUCAGAUCAAAUGGACACAUCAAACAGACGUCUGAGUCUCCGAGCCCUACCCAAAAAAAAAUACAUCAGUGACAACUCUCUCUCUGAUGAGGAUUCUGCUUCUGUGAGCCAGGUCAAACAAAGGAACAGUAGCAAAACGACUACAGUUUCUCGGGAUGACCGGCAUAGUAAAAGCGAGUCUACCACAAAUUCAUCCAGUAAAAGCAGGAAUCAGCUGUCUUCCAAGAGAAAGCGCAUCUACACUUCAGACUCGGAAGAUGGAGAAAAGCAGCCAGUGCCCAAGAACAAUGAAAGUAGCAGGUUGGCUUCCUCGAAGCGGUUGAAAAGGGACUGUGAGAGAAAGGAUGUUUACAGCAACGAGGAGGAUGCGUCUUCCCAGUCUGACUCCAGCGAGGAAGAGGAAUAUGUUGGUCAUUCAGGGAGGGGAACGAAGGACACGAAGCAGCCAACACGCAAACGAAAGGAAAGCUACAGCAGCAGCAACCACAGUUCUGACUCAGACAGCGAGCAUUCCUCUUCAGUCUCUGAAAACUCAGUCGCGAGCUCAGGGUCCCAAAGCAGUCCAAAGAGGAGAAGCCACAGACAGUCUGGAGCUGGGGAAAGGACUGCCAGCCGACAGCUAAGGCAGCGCCGCCAGCGGGCUGCCUCAGAGGAAGAGGAGGAGGAUAGCGACGAGUCGUAUGGGAAACCGAACCGAAAGACUCGCGUAAAGACCCGUAACCGGGGUAAACGGACUAUAAACUAUCAUGACAGCGAAUGAAGGACGUAGGGGCUACAGGAAAGAUGGAAACUGACAUUAACUGGAGACCUUGAAGACACUUGAUGGCCAUGUUAUGGUAGUAGCACUGGAGUCCUUGGGAGAAAAUGCUGUGAAUCUGUUUCAUUCAGGGAUAUUUAUAUUUUCUAUGAAAAAUAAACGUGUUUAUAGAUGUAACACAAAUUCAAGCAUUAGAAUUGCUGGUUUUCACAAGGACAGAGAGCAAAAUGCCACUUCCCAUCCUGCUUGUUGUGAUUUUGGCCAGCAGAAUAACUAUUCUGGGGAAUCUUGUCAGCUUGGGUGCUAUCUAAUAUACCUCUGUUUAAUCAAGCAUAUUGCUGGCUUGCACUAAGAUACACUGUAAUGAGGUAUUUCAUACACUAGUUUUGCAUUAGAAACUCAGGGGUCAACUAAGUUUACUGUAGUCUUAGACAUGCAGUUGUUUUUUGAGCUAAGGUAAGGACAAGAAACAAUUCCAGGUCGGCAGGUGUCCGAGCACACUCACUGGGACAAAACAAAUCCACGUUCAGAGUUAUGACUUCGGCACUCCUUUUGUACAUCUAUUCACUUAAUGCUUGACUGUAUUAUGAGUUGAUAUGAGCCAAAAGAACAAAUAUGAUUUCCCCUGCUCCCCUCAUACCAUUUCAUUUUUUUGAUUAGUUUUGUGUUGUGUUUUAGUGAAUAGUUGUAAAUAUGUGAUUGAGAAAAGCAUUGUCUGAAAGGUUUGGCAUUCAGUCAGUAGCAAAGCAUUUAUUUAAAUGUAAAGGUUUGGGUUUGUUUUUUUUUUACAUUUAGCUGCAUUGUCUUGCCAUAUGUCACAAAUUGGUACCUUUUUGCCAAGUACGAGCAACGAAAAGUACUUACUGCAAAAUGCUGUGAUUUCUCAUAUUGGGAAGACCUUUUAUUGUUGUCCUGUGUUACCUCCUUUCAGUAUUAAAUUCUUUUUCAGAGUUGACUUGCCAGUCACAUGGUUUAGUUUUGUUUAUGGGGAGGUUUCUAAAUACAGUCGCUUUACAAAAUUUUGCUUAAUGUUUUUCGUACUACACCUUUAAUAAACAGAUUUCACAGGAAAAACUUAACACAAUGUGGUUGUGGAAUGCAAUGAACGAGUUAACCCUCCUGUUAAUAAAGAAAACCCUUUCAAGGUG